AUGUUUCGAAACAUGAAUGCGUAUGAACUGGAAAGAUCGAAUGAGGACCACACACGACCACCAUCACUUUUAUUGAAAACUCUUUCUCAAUUCGCCCGAGCGGCAUUGAGUGAUUCCGUACAUUCCCAACAUAACGCCAUUCUUGAUGAAGAAUUAAAUUCUUUUCGUGAUGAUUCCGAUCUCACUAUUUCUGUUCAUUUUCGAGAUGAAAAGGAACCCACACUUUACCAUACUCAUGCAUGGAUUAUGCUGGCACGAUGGCCUCUCUUGUUAGAAUAUGCUUUGAUCAAUUUGGAGAGACCUCUUUCGCGUUGCGAAGUUAUUUGGAUUGCAGAGAAUGAUGUCGUUUUAGCAAGCCUUUCCACCAAUAAGGAAAUUGAAAAAUAUUAUUGCUCAAUGAAUGAUAAAAUCAUGCUUCAAACCGAGUUUCGGAAAGAAAUUAAAAAUUUGAAGGAACAAAUUGCAAUUUCAAAAGAAAAAGUCAAUCGACAGAGAAAUGGUGCCGUCAUGCAUGCAAAUCGAAUGGAGGCUCUAGAAAAUGUUUUAAAACAAUAUUGUGGAGCAUUGCAGGGAUCAAAAUUAUCAAUUCAAGACCCGUCAUCACCUCUGUCUGUUAUUCAUCACAUUGAUUUGGGUCCAUUACCAUUUGAUAAGAAUGUGUUUGAUGAUUUCAUUUACUUUUUAUACACGAGUCAACUAGUGAACGUAGAAGAGAAUUACAAAGAGAGAAAUAUCAGGGAGAUGAUUUUUGGAGAAGAGAUGGAAUAUUUGAAUGAGUUGUUAUGUUUAGCUGAGACUUUAGGGAUGACCAACAUGUUAACUAUUUUGCAAUAUAGCGAUGUGACGACGUUUACACCUUAUAGUUGUAUGUCUACUGUGGACCCAAAAGAAAUCAAGACAGUGUUGAGAGAUGAACAUGCGAGUUCAUUGGCAUCAGGCUUGUUUAAAGAAAGUGAUCAUCCAACCAGAGAGUUGGAUAAAUUAAGGAAAUCAUUCUGUAACCUGAGAAUCAAACAAGGAAUUCCAGACUUUGAUGAAAAUCAAGAGGUAAACGAAUUUUCCGAAUAUCCUGAGCAGAGCGAAGAUGGAAUUUUGUGUCACAAGUCAUUUGUAAUGAAAGUAUGCCCAUACAUUGAUGUCUUGAUCAAUAGCAAUUUCAUAGAAGCUGAGGCAAUUAGAGAAAUGGAAGCUCGAAACGAAAUGGCUACCAUAGAAAUUCAAUGUUCAAGUUUUGAUGUAUUGGAGGAUAUUUUUCGUUAUCUUUAUUCAAACCAUAUUACCAUUACAAAAAGUAACGUUUUUGAACUGAUUUCUCAGUCUCAACGACUUGGCAUUGAUGAUUUACAAGAACGAUCUGAAAAACAACUUACACAAAUGGAAUUUUUUGAUUUUGAGUUAAUUGAAUGCGUUUCAUUGGCCAUGUCGCUCGGCAUUGAUGAAGCGAAGAAAAAUUUUGAGGAUCAAUUAUUGAGGCACUUGAAAGGCCUUGUCAGAGAACGACUCAUGACGGUUAGAGAGUUUGAACGUUGCCUAGAGAAAUGUGGCUAUGAAAAGGGCUGGAUUGAAAAACAAAGUAGAAACAUUGGCUACUAUUAA